GGAGCACCUGGAUCCGGAUGCCCCACCAUGGCGCGCUACAUGCCCUUCCCUGGACUCUUGCUGCUGCUGGGGGCCGCCACUGCUGCGCCCCUGGUACCCACACACAAGGGAGAGCUGACCCGCUGUCUGGCAGAGGUGGUCACGGAGGUGCUGGCCCUGGGCCAGGCCCAGAGAGGACCCUGCACGGCUCUCUUCCACAAAGAGAUAUGUAAGACGGAGCCCUACGGCUGUACUUUGCCUGAGGAAAAGGGGUUGUUGCAUGGGGACUCCAAGAAGCAGGAGGCUGACAAGACAAGGUCCAGCCAGGAGGUGAGGGAUGAGGAAGAGGAGGCAGCAGAGAGCACCCGCAAGUCUGAGGUGCAGGAACAGGCCGUCCUCGAGCAGCUCCACAGCCGGCCCCACCAGGAGGAGGAGGAGAAAGAGGACGAGGCAGAAGAAAAGGGGCCUGAGGAGACCGAGGACGUGUGGAAGAGGCGUCUAGAGGGUGGAGGGGUGGCAGAGAAAGCCAGAGAUGAGGAGGCCUCCCAAUCUGAGACAGAGGAGGGUGUGCAGGUGCUGGGCGGGGGCCACAGCCUGUGGCAAAGGAUGGAGAGGGACGCAGGAGAGAGACAGGAGGACUCGCCACACCAUCACCACCACCAGCAGCAGCCAGGCGCCGAGGCCGUACAGGAGGAAGAGGAGGAAGCUUCAGAGCGGGAGGUGAGUGGGGGAGGUGGCGUCACCAGAAACAGCUCCCAGUGUUGGGCCGCACACAGCGAGACCCAUCACCAACAGAGCAAAAUGGUCCGGCCUGACACAAACUCUCGGUAGCAACAUCUAAACGAGGUCUCUGUUGGCUAAAGUGGCUUCCCUCAGGGAUUACAGUUGCUGGGAAGGCCACCAUUACGAGAUCACAGUCACCAGAAAGCCUGCCAUUACUGCCCAGAGGCAUCCGGGUGAGCCACCCUUGCCGGUCCAGAACCAGCAAGUUGGCCGCCAGGAAAGUGGCAGCUGUGGCUCGUUCAUUAGGCUAGAGAUUGACACCACUGCCAGGUGAUGGAGAGUAAGAUGUCACCAGGAUUGCUGGCGCUAACUGAAAUGGCCAUCAGUCACAAAUGGAGCACCCCCGUCGGGCACCUUUGUUGGUCCCACACAGCUGUGCACGUAGACCUGACUGCCAGAUCACGAUGCGGAUCACGACUGGGAUGCCUGUCCUGGGCUGCCUCCGUGAGAAGGCGCAGGUGCCCUACGGCAGCCUGCCUUUCAGGUAGGCACUGAUCACUGCUCUGACCCCACCAGGAACACGACAUGGAGCAGCUGGAGCGUGUGAGUGAUGAGCUGAAGAAGGCCACUGUGAGGCUGAGACAGGCGCUCAGGAG